CUGCUCUCCCUGCAGUCCGAAGGCGCCAAGUCGGAGGGCACCUUCCAGGUCACCAUGCUGCCCGGGGACGGCGUGGGCCCCGAGCUCAUGCACGCCGUCAAGGAGGUGUUCAAGGCCGCCAGCGUGCCGGUGGUCUUCGACGAGCACCACCUGAGCGAGGUGCAGAACAUGGCGUCGGAGGAGAAGCUGGAUGAGGUGGUGGACUCCAUGAAGGAAAGCAAGGUGGCCCUUAUAGGCAAGAUCCACACCCCCAUGGAGUACAAGGGAGAGCUGGCUUCCUACGACAUGAGACUCAGGCGGAAAUUAGACUUGUUUGCGAACGUUGUCCACGUGAAGAGCUUGCCAGGCUACAAAACGCGCCACAACAACCUGGACCUCGUGAUCAUUCGCGAGCAGACGGAGGGGGAGUACAGCUCGCUGGAGCACGAGAGCGCAAAGGGAGUCAUCGAGUGCCUGAAGAUCAUCACCCGGGCCAAGUCGCAGCGCAUUGCCAAGUUCGCCUUUGACUUCGCCACCAAAAAAGGGCGCUCCAAGGUCACGGCCGUGCACAAAGCCAACAUUAUGAAAUUAGGUGACGGGCUGUUCCUGCAGUGCUGCGAGGAAGUGGCAGAACUGUACCCCAAGAUCAAGUUUGACACCAUGAUAAUUGACAACUGCUGCAUGCAGCUGGUGCAGAACCCCUACCAGUUUGAUGUCCUGGUGAUGCCGAACCUCUACGGGAACAUCAUCGACAAUCUGGCGGCUGGCUUGGUGGGCGGCGCCGGCGUGGUGCCCGGGGAGAGCUACAGCGCCGAGUACGCCGUCUUCGAGAUGGGCGCCCGGCACCCCUUCGCGCAGGCCGUGGGCAGGAACAUCGCCAACCCCACUGCCAUGCUGCUCUCGGCCGCCAACAUGCUGCGGCACCUCAACUUGGAAUUUCACUCCAACUUGAUUGCGGACGCGGUGAAGAAGGUGAUCAAAGUCGGAAAAGUUCGGACACGGGACUUGGGCGGUUACUGCACCACUUCUGACUUCGUCAAGUCUGUGAUUGACAACCUGCACCCCCACUAUGGGGCCUAGCAGCCCCGCUCACCCGCGGGCAGCCCUGGGACUUCUCCGCGCCCUCCACCAGCCUCCCCCAGCUUAAGGCCUGGCAGCGCCGCCUUCCCCCGCCCACCCCCUGGCUGCCGGGUCCCCGGGGAGGAGGGGGCUCGCCUCCUCCCCAGCCCAGCACCCACCCACGGCUGGCACUGGGGGGGCUCCCAGCCCCCCGGCUCCACCCUGGCUCCGUGUCCCCUUCUCCCCACGGCCGGGGUGGUGCCAGGUGAUGGGCAGCGCCCAGCACGGCCCCUGGCAGGCAGCUGAGCGGGGCCGGGGUCCUGGGGGAGCCUUCCCCUGCCCGCAGAGGCUUUAGCAAUAAACAGGACGGCCGGGCUGAGCCCCGCACCCGGGGAUGCA